AUGAAAAGUUUUAAAAGGUGCAAUGCGUGGAAUAUUAGAACAAUAAAGUCAUUAAAAUCAUCCAAUGGUUUAAGUAGUAUUUUUGCAUUUAUCUUUUUGCUGAUAUUGCAAUACAGUUCUGCACAUUUCAUACAAAUCGAUCACAAUGAGUUUCGUGCAAGUGGUUUCCCGAGACCCCAUUUACCUCCACCUCUUCCUCAUGCUGAGCAAUUGUUACAGCACAGCCCAACGAAGGAACUGACACCAGCCGAAUUACUGGUAGACUUAAGUAACGAUUUGACUUACCGAAUUCUACACUUUCAUUCAAUUUUGAAUCGUAACAACUUUGCAUUCUCUCCAACUGCAUUGAUGAGUGUACUAGUGGCACUUUAUGAAGGAUCGUCUGGAAAAAGUGCGCUUGAAUUACGAAAUGUGCUUCAACUACCAAAUAAUAUAGAUAUUAUAAGAGUUGGAUAUCGUGAUAUACAUCGCCGGCUUAGAACAUACUUUUUUGGCUCAGAUAAUCCCCUAAAAGGACUUAGUUUAAAUAAAGAAAAUGUAACUAUCACAAAAUACUAUGAGAGUAUUCUAACAUUCUACGGUUACGAUUUAUCAGUAGAUAUGGUAUCAGCAUGCACAACAUCAGCAGUGUCUGAAAAUUCAACAGUAACGCCACUGUCAGAAGUAACCCCAGCAAUUGUCGAAACAACAACUACAACAACAUUAGAAACAACUACAAUUAAUGAUAUUAAUAAUAUUACAACAACGGAGGAAAUUCAGAUAACAACUCAGACAAGCAAUACUCCUAAUACUUCAUCUGAAGCUACUAGCACAAGUACAACAAUCAACAAUAAUAUGGAUGCUACCAUAGAUCAAGAGAUAACAACAAUAAAUCCCAAUAGCGUAACUGAUGAAACGACUUCUACUUCAACUGAUGAUACAACAGCUUUAACCGAUGAUACACUGAUUGAGACUACAACAAGCAAUCCAACUGAUGUUACUGAAAAUCCUGCAGCAGAAAUAAUUUCGCCAGAAAACAUAAAUAAACCAUCUGCACGUAUUCGUAAUGCACACCCAAUUAACCUUAUUGCGUUAUCGGCACCUAUAACAUCUAGAAAUAAAUAUUUACCAACUACGCGAAGUGCAAUGAAAUCAAUACGUAGCACUGCAAACAGAAAUAAACGACAGAAACGUCACUUAUAUGGAGUGAAAGGCUUAGAUGCAAAUUUAUUUGUAACACUUUUUAAUCCAAGGCCUCAUCAUCACAACCUUACACCGUUAUCUGGACCAUCGGCUGCAGUAGCGCUAGAUAACACUUUCGAUGUGAAUUUGGAUGAACAUAUUCAGCAAGAAACUGAUAUUAAACAUCAAAAUUAUAAUACCGAUGUCAUAAGCCAUAUAUUCUAUCUUGGCAAUCAACAAAUCGUUCACACCACCUAUAAGGUAUACAAUGCUGUGCUAUAUUAUAAGUACUUUGAAACGCUUAAAAUGAGCGUACUUGAGCUUGAACUGGAUACACCUGAAUAUAAUCUUAUGAUAUUGUUGCCAGACUACAAUUCAGAUUUAGUUUCAGCUGCAGCUUCCUUAAGAUUGGGUCCCACACUUCGCACGAUGCGCAAACAAUUGAAACCUCGAUGGGUUCAGGCGAUAAUACCAGAUUUUAAAUUACAUGGAACGAUGUUUCUAACAAAUGAUUUGCAAAAUAUGGGAAUAUGUGAUAUAUUUGAACCUACUCGAGCAGAUUUCCAUUCAAUGACUGAUGCGCAGGGAAUUUACGUUAAGCAUAUUGAGCAAUCGAUUAAUGUAAACAUUCGUACACACCCGAUUAAUCAAUUAAAGCGUAAUUACGGAAUUCAGAUGCAGCCUAUACAAAUUUCAGUAAAUCAUCCAUUUCUAUUUUUCAUCAUUGACCGAGAUUUGGAAGUAGCUGUGAUGUCAGGUCGUAUUUUGAAUCCGUUGAAUGUUCGAAUUCAAUGAGUAUAAUUUUUAAAUUUAUAUUCCGAGAUUACAUAAUUAGCUGCAACAUUAUAAAUAAGGUGUGUUUAACUGAAAAAAUGUAUCUCAUUGCAUUUUAUAAUAUUUUCUUAUGAUAUA